UGAAAAUCAAUUUAUCCUGAUCUAUCAGAAAUGGUUCCUGAACAUGUACAAACCAAGCUACACCAACGCACAUAACGUUAUAGCAGGAAUCGUUGUCGGUUAUUUGUAUCAACUGCACAAACAAGGGCGAGUUGAUUUGCAGAAUUCAUCGCUAUACAGAAUGGUAAAAGGCUCGAUCCCCGUGUUAAUACUCUUGGCCAUAGUUCCGAUAAACCUGUUUUACAAUUACGAGAUAAGUAGAACAUCUUGGAUAAGUAUUCUACACUUCGUGUCCUACCGAAAUUUCUCCGUCGUUACCGUUUCUGUAGCUUUCAUCGAAUGCUUCCUGAAACCACCGGGUCUCUUACGGAAAUUCCUCGCUUCCAAACCGAUGACCUGCUUGGGGAAACUUUCUUUCUGCUUCUACGUGGUGCAUGUUCCAAUGUUGCGAUUGCUGGCCAAUCGGUUUCCGCUAAUGAUGAACCCAACGGUAGACUUUUUCGGAUAUUUUCUCACGAAAUCAAUGCUGGUUUGCUACACGGUAGCUUUGGUGGUGUAUUUCUGCCUGGAGCAACCGGCCAGCUUGUUGCUCAAACAUUGGUACUUUGACAGGAAUCGGGUGGCAAAGAAGUUAAAGUGA